UGGGCUCUCAGCCCGGACCGAACCAUUUCCACCGUUCAUUUCUAAGUUUGAACAAAUCCUAUCUCAACUAUCUGUUGUUGAGUUCGCAACGGCAAUGCAGGCGCAGAUCUGUACUCCGUCUGUCGGUCGGUCUCUCCUAUCUCGAAUUCCGAAAGGCAUUGCCUCUUCAUCUCUCUACUGCAGUGCCUAGAAAUGGUUCAUGUAUAACAGUAUCAGUUCGUGCAUCAGUGGUUCAAUUGCAGUGCUCAGAAAUCGUUCGAAGGUCUAAGCUAGGUGUCUUUCUGGAGUGUAUGAAGUGGGUAGCAGGCAAAAGAAUAGCUAAGCUUAGCUGCUAGCAGAUAAGAGAUGGAGGGAUAUAACGAAAACCUGAGUGUGAGAAAAGGUGCCUGGACUCGAGAGGAAGACAAUCUUCUCAGGCAGUGCGUUGAGAUUCAUGGAGAGGGAAAGUGGAACCAAGUUUCAUACAAAGCAGGCUUAAACAGGUGCAGGAAGAGCUGCAGACAAAGAUGGUUAAACUAUCUGAAGCCAAAUAUCAAGAGAGGAGACUUUAAAGAGGAUGAAGUAGAUCUUAUAAUUAGACUUCACAGGCUUUUGGGAAACAGGUGGUCAUUGAUUGCUAGAAGACUUCCAGGAAGAACAGCAAAUGCUGUGAAAAAUUAUUGGAACACUCGAUUGCGGAUCGAUUCUCGCAUGAAAACGGUGAAAAAUAAAUCUCAAGAAAUGAGAAAGACCAAUGUGAUAAGACCUCAGCCCCAAAAAUUCAACAGAAGUUCAUAUUACUUAAGCAGUAAAGAACCAAUUCUAGACCAUAUUCAAUCAGCAGAAGAUUUAAGUACGCCACCACAAACGUCGUCGUCAACAAAGAAUGGAAAUGAUUGGUGGGAGACCUUGUUAGAAGGCGAGGAUACUUUUGAAAGAGCUGCAUAUCCCAGCAUUGAGUUAGAGGAAGAACUCUUCACAAGUUUUUGGUUUGAUGAUCGACUGUCGCCAAGAUCAUGCGCCAAUUUUCCUGAAGGACAAAGUAGAAGUGAAUUCUCCUUUAGCACGGACCUUUGGAAUCAUUCAAAAGAAGAAUAGCUAGAGAAAAUGAUUCUCACUUCUUUAUUAUCAUCUAGCUUGUGUUCUAUUAUUUUCCUUGCUUGUAAAUGUGGCAUGUAAAUAUCAUUAAGCUUGAUGAAAUUGAGAUUCCACCAUAAAAC